CAGUGCAUUUUUUUUCUUCCGGAGUUUCGACUCUCUCCUGAAGGGAAAGAAACAAAUUGAUUAUAAAAAAAAAAAAGCCCUCGUCGUAUCAGCGGAUUCUCUCCAAUCCAUGGCUAAUUAAAAUCCUAGCGUUUCUUCAAUCGGUUCUCUAACCAUUCCCCUACUUCCAUGGCGCUUUUCGAUCUCUUUUUUCCCAAAAAUUUGGUAGGAAAAUCGAAGCUUUUGAGUUGAUUCAUCAAGAAUCAAUCGAAUGGCCGAGGAGUUAAAGGGUGGGAGUGGCGGGACUACCGAUAUCUAUAAUGUCGAAGCUGCUGAAAUUCUUGCAAAUGAAGCGUUGCUUCUUCCGAUAUCUGAGGCGGCGCCGAUUUAUGAGAAGCUUCUUUCGACCUUCCCGACGGCUGCCAAGUAUUGGAAGCAGUAUGUGGAGGCAUAUAUGGCUGUAAACAAUGACGAAGCCACAAAGCAGAUAUUUAGCCGGUGCUUAUUGAAUUGCCUUCAGAUUUCUCUUUGGCGCUGUUACAUUCGCUUCAUCAGAAAAGUGAAUGAAAAGAAGGGAACUGAUGGUCUUGAAGAAACCAAGAAGGCUUUUGAUUUUUUGCUGAGCUACGUUGGCUCUGACAUUGCAUCUGGACCCAUUUGGAUGGAAUACAUUACUUUCUUGAAAUCGAUGCCGGCUACAACAGUUCAGAUAGAAUCGCAGCGCAUGACGUCUGUGCGGAAAGUAUACCAAAAAGCAAUUGUCAUUCCGACUCAUCAUGUUGAACAGCUGUGGAAGGAAUAUGAGAGUUUUGAGAACUCUGUUAGCCGUGCAUUGGCAAAAGGUCUAUUAUCUGAGUAUCAAUCAAAGUUUAAUAGCGCUAAAGCUGUGUAUAGAGAGCGAAAGAAAUACAUUGAUGAUAUUGAUUGGAACAUGCUUGCCAUUCCCCCAACUGGUUCUUCCAAGGAAGAGCAGCAAUGCAUGGCAUGGAAAAGACUUAUAGCCUUUGAAAAAGGGAACCCACAAAGGAUCGAUGCAACAUCUGCUAAUAGGAGGGUCACCUUUACCUAUGAGCAGUGCCUGAUGUAUCUCUAUCAUUACCCUGAUAUAUGGUAUGACUAUGCUACCUGGCAUGCAAAGACUGGUUCUGUGGAUUCUGCUGUUAAAGUAUUUCAGCGAGCUUUAAAGGCACUUCCUGAUUCUGAAUUAUUGAGGUAUGCCUAUGCGGAACUGGAAGAGUCCCGAGGAGCAAUUCAGUCUGCGAAAAAAAUAUAUGAGUCUCUUCUGGCCAAUAGUGUCAAUGUAACAUCGCUCACUCACAUUCAGUUCAUUCGGUUCUUAAGGAGAACUGAAGGCAUUGAAGCUGCUAAAAAAUAUUUCCUGGAUGCGCGGAAGUCUCCAAGCUGCACAUAUCAUGUGUUUGUUGCUUAUGCCACAAUGGCCUUUUGCCUCGACAAGGAUGCAAAGAUGGCUCACAGUGUUUUUGAGGCUGGCCUAAAUAAAUUUAUGCAUGAGCCUGGAUACAUCCUUGAAUAUGCAGAUUUCUUGUGCCGUUUAAAUGAUGAUAGAAAUGUCCGUGCUCUGUUUGAGCGGGCUCUCAGCAUACUGCCCCCAGAAGAGUCUGUCGAGGUGUGGAAACGCUUUACUCAGUUUGAACAGACAUAUGGUGAUUUGUCAAGCAUGUUGAAGGUUGAACAAAGGAGAAAGGAAGCUUUAUCUAGGACAGCAGAGGAUGGUUCAUCGGCAUUGGAAAACACUUUAUAUGAUGUUGUUUCCCGCUAUAGUUUUAUGGAUCUUUGGCCAUGCUCUUCGAAAGAUUUGGAUCAUUUGGCUCAGCAAGAGUGGCUUGCAAAGAACAUGAAUAAAGUUGACAAACCAACUUUGCAAAAUGGAAGCAGUGCCUUAGGUUCAGAGAAGGCCCCUGUUGGACUUGCAACAAAUAAUAAGGUCUCACCACCAUCUACAAAAGUUGUUCUUCCAGAUACUUCUCGAAUGGUCGUAUAUGAUCCUAGACAGACAAAAGAUGCUGAUGCUUUUGUUAUGGGCCUGCAUAUAGGUCCCGAGUUUUCAGCGCCCUCUAGCGUAAAUAGUUCUACCUCCACUUUAGCUCUUCUUGGCGCUGGCACUGGAACUACACAGGGAAUUGAUGAGAUUUUGAAAGUGCUCUCUCCUCCAUUGGUUGCCUUCAUCACCCAGUUGCCUUCUGUUAAAGGGCCAUCACCGGAUCUGGAUGUAGUAUUAUCUAUUUUGCUGCAGAGCUCCAUACCGGUUGGAAACAUUGGUAAACCUGCUUCUUCCUCCCAGCAAGUAUUGACGGGUCCCGUCCCUAGCACUAGCGACAUUUCUGGCUCCAGCUGGUCACGGUUGAAUCAGAAUGGAUCGGCUAAUCGACUUCGGAGAGAUGGACAACUUGGCAAAAGAAAAGAUCUUGAAAGGCAAGAGGAAGAUGAUACUACAACAGUGCAGAGUCGGCCGCUCCCACAAGAUGUCUUCAGGCUCCGGCAGAUUCGGAAAUCACGAGGCGUUAGCAAUCCGCAGACGGGAUCUGCCGCAUCUGGCGGGAGCGCCUUUUCAUGGGAGCAAUCCAUCAGCACUGAUUAGUUACAUAAAACUACCGAGCAUUUGUAUAUAUGCCAAAUUAGUACUUUUAAGUUAAAUACAUAGGUAAUCUAUUCCCUAAUUAAUGGUUUCUAAAAGCUGUAGCAUUUACUGGCUCCGCAACCUUUAGCCGGGGAAAUGUAUGAGUGUUAUAUUAGCUAUGUUUAACCAAAUACUUAAUCAAGGUUUCGCAUUUUGUUCUGAUUUGUAAUAACAAAUUAAUGCGGAGAUUAAGAAUUAA